AUUACUUCAACGUACAUAUAGCUUCUAUUUUAGAAAUCCUGAUUAAUCGGGCACUGGGCAUUGUGAAAUCUGGUUCUGAUUAUGCCGGAAGAAGAAGUAAUAAAACUGCCUUAAAUAUAAUUUUGCUGUAUUUCUUUUUUGAAAAUUCUCCAAUGUCUUGUAAAGAACGUGAACCGGCCCGGUGACUUUUAUGAAUUUUUGCCUUAGGGAUGCUGAAUAUCUUAACGUCAGCUGUGGCAAUAUUUCUCCAAACGUAAUCAGAGAGAAGUGUUCAAGAUGUAAUUACUGUUUGUAAAGAAAUAGACACAUCCCAGAGCUCAGGUACCUGUGACCCAGAACCCGUAAGCAUUGGAGAGUGGGUAUCAUUAACAGAAUGCACUGAAGAAUCUGAAUCCGAAAAUUUUGUUGGGCCAGAACCUGUGGUUCCUGAAGAAAUGGAGCCCUUAAGUUUUGCAGAAUCAUUAGUUUUUAGUGUUGGAAAUGUGGAGUCUUUAGGCAUUGAAAACUACGGACAGCUAAACAUUGUAAAAGCUAUUGCUACAUUGUGGGAAGCAAAUUUAUACACAGAUGUGCAUUUCACAGUUAAAGGAAAUUUCGGGGAAGAGAAUUACUCUGCACACAAGCUAGUGCUAUCUAUAUUUAGUCCGUUUUUUGCUGACAAGUUUUGUAAUCCAGAUGUCAAAAUUGAUAACACAAUUAAAAUUCCUGAUGUAUCUCCCACAGCUUUUGAAGCAAUGCUUAGAUUCAUGUAUGGAGAUUCAAGAGCAUUUCAGUCAAUGGUAAAAAAUUUGAAUAUUCUUCUAGAUGUGUACAAGUUGGCUCUUCGCUAUAAAAUAGAAAGUUUGAGAAAAAAGUGCAUGCAGUCAAUAUCGUCAGCCAGCCCAACUAAAUCAAAUGUUUUUGUGCUGUUAGAAGCUGCACAGUAUGUGAAGUCAGAUUCUCUGAAGCUCCGCUGUUACAAGGUCAUUCAAACGCAAACAUCUGAAAUUUUUAAGUCCUAUGAUGUAGGCACGAUUCCUCUCCAUGUACUGUCCAUGAUUCUGGAUCGUCCAGCGCUAAGUCUUGCUUCAGAAUAUGAGUUGCUGAAAUGGGUAUAUACAUGGGCAAAAAACCGAUGUUUGAUUGAAGGCAAAGACAAUACCAGGGAGAUAAUGGAGCCUUUGCUGCCAAAAUUAAACUUUUUGACCCUCUCUUGUGAAGAACUUGCAGAGUUUAUAAGGAAUUAUCCAGAUUUCUUCACUGAGUCUGAAGCUUUAAGUCUUUUCAUGAAUAUUUCAAGCUGUGAAUGGCCAUUACCAUCAUGGGCUGCAGGUGAUAAAGUAAAGCGUAAAUGUAAUAAAUUAGUUAGAGAGUGAGAAAUGUGUUAUUUUGUUCCUACCAUGAGCUUAACUAGAAAAUAUAUUUUUAAUUUUUGAACUUAAAAUUAACAGUUACUACAUUUCAAUUUAUAGUGAAAAUGCUUUAAUAAUUUAAUCUUAAUAUGUUCAUUUUUUGUUGAUUUCUGUUGUCAGUAUAAAUAAAACAUUUAAAAAAAUUU